AUGUUGGGAGAUGGAGAUGGAGCCGGGCAGGGCAACUCCAAUCAGGCACUACCUGCAAUAUUGGGCGAGGAAUCCAACCAAUCUCUGAGGGAGAGCACCGAUGUUGAAGAGGAGAUCGAAGGAGGAGGAUUGAACGAGAACGGAAGCUUCGAUGAUCAAGAGGACGAUGAGGUGUUGGAAUUCGAUGUCCAGCGCAAGAGUCUGCCCAAUUUCAUGGGCGAGUCGAUCGCCAAUCCCUACAGCCUUCUCAUCAAUCAGACGUUGGGCCGCCUUACCAUCGUCAAGAAGGCCAAAUGGAAUCGCCGGUAUGACGUCAAGCUCAUCGAGAAAGUUGAACUGGCCUGCGAGAAUGCACGAUUGCUCCACAUCGAAUGGAAGAAAGACCUGGUGGCCCAAGAUCUGUCGCCCCAGUCCCGUGUCCCCAUCCACAAGAGACACUCCUACAUCUUCGCCUCAGCUCACGAGCGCCAGCAGUUCUACGAAGCGACCUUGCAUGCCAUGUUCAAGCGCGGCAGCCUUUCUGUCCCUCCGUUGGAUAUCACCGAAGACCAUGCAACGCCAACAGAAGACACUGUACCACGAGAAGUGUCCAUCUUCAUCGGAACCUGGAACAUGGGCUUGGCACCACCGCCGGCCUCGCUGGACGCGUGGGUGCCUAAGGACAAGUACGACAUCUACUUCAUCGGAUUCCAGGAGUCCGGUUGGACCUCUGGCGCCAAGAUACCGCAGACGCAAAUCCUGUCCUACAUGUGGGACACUCAGGAGCAGGAGGUGCUGUUUGGUGGACUGCAAAAGCUUCUCGGACCUGGCUACGUGCGAUACGCUCAGCGAAGCUUGUGGCAGAUGCGAUAUGUGCUGUUCGUACGCGCGGAGCACGUAUCCAGCAUAUCAAACCUCCAGGGCAACAUGUUCACCACGGGCGUGGGCGGAAUAGUAGGUGACAAGGGCGCACUGGGGAUCAGCCUUCAGUUCAACCACACCAGCAUCUGCUUCCUCACGUGCCACUUGGCACCCCACGAAGGGGGCUGGCUAACUCGCAACGCCCACGUCCAAGCUAUCGCCCACGGCCUCCAACUCGGAACGCAGGAGAUUCCUUGCGAUCUGACGAAUCGCUUCGAUUACAUGUUCUGGAGCGGUGAUCUCAACUACCGCAUCUCCCUACCACGGGACAAGGUGCUGGAGCUGAUCGAGAAGGAGGACUGGGAGGCGCUCAAGAAGCACGACCAGCUGCUCAACGAAAAGGUCAAGGGCAAUUGCUUCGUGGGUUUCCAUGAGGGCGACCUUAACUUCCGCCCCACGUAUCGCUACAACCGGGGCGAUCGCACAUACAGCACGCAGAAGAUGCGCACCCCGUCUUGGACCGAUAGGGUGCUGUGGAAAAGUCUGCCGGGGCUCAAGGCCAAGCUCACUGCGUAUGGCUGCAGCGAUGAGAUCACCACCAGCGAUCACUCGCCAGUCUACGCCGCAUUCGAGGUGGACACGCUGCGACUCAUACCCACUCAGCCUAUCCCGCGCGAGAUCCCCCUCAAGUACACCAUCGUCAUCACCGACUUGUGGGCCAAGGGCCUGAUUCACAAGUUUGAGGUCAAAAAAAUCGAGGACGACAUGAAGCGACGAGAAGAGGAGCGCAAAAAGCGGCUUCACAAGAUGGCCGAACAGGCCAAGCAACCGGCAUCAGCGGCGGAGGGGGGCAUGCUGGGCCAGGUGGGCAACUGGUGGUCGUCCUGGUGGGGCGCCAAGCCGGGUGCCGCCUCGACCCAGCCGGCCCAAAGACCUCCUGAGGGCAACCCACCGCCGCCCGCUGGGGAGAGCGGUGACGGAGCGCAAGUGGAGGUGCCGGCGGACCCCGAAAGCGAGAGCCGCAACGGGCCGGGCGGAGACCCGAUCCCGGACAGCAACGACACGAGAGGGGAGGGGACGGAGAGUGAAGCGAGCAAACCCGUGGUGGAGGAGAAGGAGGCGAACGGCGAAGAGGCCCCGGAGAGCAGCGACCCGUCCACCGCAGACGGCCAACACACAGAGACGAAGGAGGCGGAGCCUUGCAGACGUGAGGAAGAGAAGGAAGAAGAGGAGAAAGAGGACCGGGAGAGCGAAGAACAAACCGCCGAGUAUGAGGGCAACGGCAAGGAGACCGCUUCGGCCGACACCGAGGAGGUGGAGGAGGGUCUCGUGAGCCGGGACGUGUUCUUGGGUCCCGCCGUGUACAUGCGGGAGGAGGAGGUGCCGAUCGCACCUUACAUCUGCUUCGCUGGCGCGUCUCUCGACGGUCUGAAGCGGACGCCUGCUGUUGGCUACACGCGCAACCCUGUGUGGCGAGACGGGGAGGUGCCCAGGCUGCGGUCCUUCAUCAACAGCAAGGAGUGGCUGAGUCUGCAGUACAUAACUCUCGUGGUGCGCGAUGAAUCGUUUUGGAGCGGCUCCUACGACGACAUGGGCCAAGCGGUGAUUCCGUUGCGUGAGGCGUGCGGAGAGCGCCCGGUGCCGUUCUCCAUGCCGCUGCUCUACGAGGGCAAGCCGCAGGGCGUGGUGAGCGGCAAGAUCCACGUCGUGAUCGACGGCAUGCAGGUCUCUUCGGCCCAGAUCUCGCCGCGCUACCUCUCUGCUGCCUCGCCCACCAACGGCAACUCACCUCUCUCGGGCGGUGCCUCGCCGCCCGGCACGGUGUCAUCGCGCACUCUGCCAUUCACUUCGUCGGUGCCCUUCGCCAGCUCGUCGCCCUCGUCACCAUCUUCAUCACUGAUGAUCCAGCGAGCCCACACGGUCACCCCCAACACAUCAUCUGCCUCCAUCCCUAUCUCGAUGUCGGUCCCCGUCGGCGGCGGCGCUGCCUCUGCGGCGGGGUCAAUCUCGCCGUCUUUCCUCCCCUUCCCUUCGCCGCCGUCGACGUCGUCGUCUCCUGCCGACCUCCCGUCGCACUUGCCGAUGGCUCGAAAGCGGUCCUCGUCAAAUCCCCUGUCGGUGGCUCGAGCGAAGUCCACCUUCCACAUCACCGACCUUGUGGGCUCGCCAGCGACGACAAAGGAACCAAGCGAAUAA